AUGGCCUCUGUCCCCACUCGUCUCAAUGUGGCCCCGGUCCCGCCGGACGAGAUCUUCGCCUUGAACGGUGCCUACUUCGCAGAUACCUACCCCCAGAAAGUCAGCCUCGGUGUUGGCGUCUACCGCACAGAUGACGGCAAGCCGUGGCCGCUGCCAGUCGUCCAGAAGGCCGAGAAGGAAUUGGAGAAGGACAAUGACCUUAUGCGCCACGAGUACACAACGAUCGAGGGCGACGUUCCGUUCCUGAAGAUUGCACGGGACUUGAUGUUCGGCUUUGAGGGAGAGGGUAAGGAUGAGGCGGCCAAGGCCCGCGUCGCCUCCGUGCAGACCGUCGCCGGCACUGGUGCCAACCACCUGGGUGCCGUGUUCCUGGCCCAUCACUACAAGCCUCCUACCGUCUGGCUGUCCAACCCGUCGUGGGCGAACCACAUGACUAUCUGGGAGCUGGCCGGCGUGCCCCGCAAGACAUACCCAUACUACCACGCCGCGACCCGGUCCUUCGACUUCGAGGGUAUGAUGUCGACCCUCGAGUCCGAGGCACAGGAGGGCGAUGCGGUUCUGCUGCACGCCUGCGCACAUAACCCCACCGGCCUGGACCCGAACAAGGAGCAGUGGAUUGCCAUCGCAGACCUGUGCGAGCGCAAGAAACUCUUCCCCUUCUUCGACUCGGCAUACCAGGGCUUCGCAUCGGGAUCCGUCGAGGAGGACGCCUGGGCGGUUCGCUACUUCUUCAACAACAAACCCGACAUGGAGAUGUGCGUGGCACAGAGUUUCUCCAAGAACUUCGGCCUGUACGGCCAGCGUGUUGGUGCCUACCACUACGUUCUUAACCGCAAUGCUACUGCCAUUCGUGACGUUGUCGUCAACAACCUCUGCCACUUGAUCCGUGGCGAGUUCUCCAUGGGCCCGCGCAUUGGAUGCAGCAUCGUUAAAAAGAUUAUGAACAGCGAGGAGUUGGUCGCAGACUGGCACCAGGACCUGCAGGUUAUGAGUUCGCGUAUCAAGACUAUGCGCCAGGCUCUGUAUGACGAGUUGAUUCGCCUCAAGACUCCUGGUACCUGGGAACACAUCAUUGAGCAGAAUGGCAUGUUCUCUUACACCGGUCUUACCCCCAAGCAAGUCUACGCUCUCAAGGACAAGUACCACAUCUACCUACUCAAGUCCGGCCGUGCCUCCAUCAGCGGCUUGAGCGAAAAGAACGUCAAGUACGUGGCACAGGCCAUUGACGACGUCAUCCGCAACGUGCUUUAA